GCGGGGCAGAAUAGACCUCUCACACAUUUUCAUCAAAUCACCUGGAUAUCAACCAUGGACGAGUCUCCCUCUCAGUCAGCAGACACUGCGUCCAUGUCGACAAAGCUAGGAGAAAGCCAGCGCAAGGAUUGCGGCUAUGGAAGAGCAUCCAAGCGCCUGAAAACUGAUGGCAAGACUGUAGCAGACGUGAGAGGGGGCGGGAGGGACCGCGAGGAGGGCGAGCAGGAUUCGGACUCCAGCUCUGAUGUGGAUUUAGCAGCGGACAACCGGGCCCAAAACGUAGCAGGGCGUGAGGAUGACAGCAAAAGCUCCCAUCACAUCUCUCCCAGUCCUGUGGUCCAUGUCAGGGGUUUGUGUGAGGCAGUAGUAGAAGCAGACCUGAUUGAUGCCUUAGAAAAUUUUGGAGCCAUUUGUUAUGUCAUGAUGAUGCCAUUCAAGCGCCAAGCCCUGGUGGAAUUCUCUGCUGUAGAGAGUGCUGAUCGCUGUGUGUCAAGUGGAGCCAAGGCCCCUGUAUAUAUUGCAGGUCAGCAGGCAUAUUUUAACUACUCCACAUCCAAGAGAAUCACCAGGCCAACCAAUGCUGACAAUCCCAACAGUGGCAACAAGGUUCUCCUAUUGUCCAUUCAGAAUCCUCUCUACCCUAUAACUACGGAUGUCCUAUACUCAGUAUGUAACCCUUUUGGCAUUGUACUGAGGAUUGUCAUCUUUAAGCGAAAUGGAAUCCAAGCCAUGGUGGAGUUUAAGUCGAAUCAAUAUGCUCAGAAAGCGAAAGCUGCUCUGAAUGGAGCUGACAUCUAUGCUGGCUGCUGCACUCUCAAGAUUGAAUAUGCAAGGCCAACACGUCUGAAUGUGAUAAAGAAUGACAGUGAAAGCUGGGACUACACUAAACCAUACCUGGUCAGACGGGAUCACGGAAAGGGUAGGCAAAGACAGGCCAUUUUAGGUGAGCACCCAUUGUCAUCCGGUGACAACAAUUAUGGUUCACACUCCUCCCUCUUGCCAAUGCCUAGCAGCAGCAGGUACAAAUUGACCUUGGUAGAUGUUCCAGAUGUAGUGUCGUACCCUCUGCCCCAGGCAUCCUACUCUUCCUACGCCCCCAGCUCUGUUGCCAUGGUGAGUGGCCUCCAUCAGUCAAAGAUGAACUGCGCCCGUAUCUUCAACUUGUUCUGCCUGUACGGUAACAUUGAAAAGGUGAAGUUUAUGAAGAGUGUUCCUGGCACAGCCUUGGUUGAAAUGGGGGAUGAUUAUGCUGUGGAUCGAGCAAUCACGCACCUCAACAGCAUCAAAGUUUUUGGCAAGAGACUCAGCGUCUGUGUAUCUAAACAGCAUGCAGUGAUCCCCAGCCAGUUCUUUGAAUUAGAGGAUGGAAGCAGCAGCUAUAAGGAUUUUGCCAUGACCAGGAACAAUCGCUUCAGCAGUGCUGGGCAGGCCUCCAAAAACAUCAUUCAACCCCCAUCUGCAGUGUUGCACUACUACAACGUCCCUUCAUGUAUAUCACAGGACCACUUGCUCAGGUUAUGUAAUGAACAUGAUGUGCCCGGCUUUGUCAAAUUCAAGAUGUUUGAUGCCAAAUCUUCCUCCAAGACAAUAUCUGGUUUGUUGCAAUUUGACAGUAAGACAGAAGCUGUGGAGGUUCUCACUGUUCUCAAUCAUUACCAAAUAAGGAUACCAAAUGGUUCCAACCCUUACACUCUAAAACUGUGUUUUUCCACUUCAUCUCAUCUCUAAAGAUCCCAAAAACGGAGGUGACCAUCAAAUUGGAGAGAGCAAGCAUAGACAGACACAAAGUGGAUAGUUAUGAGCACAAAGGCAAUAGACAGUGCUGUAAAAAGUAUUUGAUCCCUUUCUGAUUUCUGUGUUCUUUGCAUAUUUAUCACAGACAAAGGUUUCAGUUAAUCAAACCAAUUUUAAUAUCACACAGAGACAACCUAAGGAAAAAAAAUACAAUAAGGACAGAUGGCAUUUCGAGAUCC